GGCAUUAACAUGGACAAAAAACAACACAAGUCAGGGAAAAGCAAAUCAAGCCAAAACAAGUCAAGGCCACAACCAGUCGCGGGGUUCCACGGUGGACUCGGACAGCGGUCGCGUUGACCCGGUGAUGGCCGGAAGACCCGGACCGAAGAGGAGCAACAAUGGCAACGUAGCGCUGCACGGCAGGUUGAGAAAGUUUUGGCACCGCAGAAACACAACUUCUCUACCGCGGAGGCGACUCCAGCCCCGACGACAUGUAAGUUCCGACGACACCGGACCCUGAUACAAGACUGUUAAUCCGAGUUAGUUGAAAGAGGAGUGGGCUGGAAGCUGCUAUGGAGGGGGUUAAAAUGUGUGUGUGGUAACAAAGAGAGACAUGAACAAUGGCAGAAAGAGAGGAGAAGAAGAAUGCGACUGUGUAUCGCAGCGUUUCUUUUACAAAAAUGGGCUCCUGGAGCGCCAACAAAGCCGGUUUGGAAGCCGCUGGCGUCGCUCUCCCGCCGGAGCUCAGCCGAGCAGAGCCGCCGCCGGCUGCAAUUGUCAGUGUGUCAAGAAAAGUUUCCAAAAUCUCUGCCACCACUUCAGCCGGCCUCCUGACCGCAGACCCAAAGAAAAGCUCCUCCACCCCUCUCUGCUCCAUUUCUCCGUCGAUCCGCCAGCUCACUGAGAAGUUCAGCAGCGAGAAGACGCACGCAGCCUCGCCGGGAGACGGUGCUCCAGCGCCGGGCAGGAGCGGCACUCUUCCCCGCGUCAGACCCACCAGAGGCGAUCCCUCGCCGGCUCGCCAGUCUUUGCACGAGGAUGGAUACUUGAAGGAAGGAUUCGGCUUGGACAGAAAGCUUUACUCUGGUACAGACUCUUUCUCUGGCUCUGACUCUGACAGGAAACUUGAGAGUCGGGUUUUUCGCCCGUCACCCGACAGCAGCAACUCUGGUAAGCGAGACUACACUGAAGUCAAUGCUGACACCAGAAGGACUGUGACCACAGACGAGGAGGAUGAUGUGUUUACCAGAGGGGCUCCUCCACCCUGUAAAUCCCACAGAAGCCUUCAUCACUCUGACUUUAUUCCGCUCAACCCUGACAAGUGGCCCAGUGUCACUAAAAUUAGACAGAUUUUUGAUGACAGGCAACUGAGAUCCCCGCAGCCGAAGAGCGAGCUGGGUGAGAGUCUGAAACCUCGGCCACACUGUGAAGUGCUCACCUGCUGCUCUUCUAGUCCAAGUCUACACGAGCACGGUGCGGCUGUCGAGACGUUUUGUGAUGGUAUGACUGACCACCUUCGACAUGAGGAUUCAUUAGGGCUUGGUGACCGCAAAGAUUCCAGCCCUCUGUGUUCUCUUGAUGACCACAGACCUGACACACAGUCUGCCUGUAAGGUCCAGAGUUCAACCCGGUCUGUGCCUUCCCACAACCCCGACCUUCAACCUUCCACUGCCUCCUUAAGGACCACUUUACUGAAUCAAGACACCUUCUCCUGUUCCUCCCCGGUACCGCAGUCCAUAGUGAGGGAGAGAAGGGUUAGACAGGGGGUCGGGCUGCCCAGGGAUAGUUUACAUUCCUCACAUAGCUCCUCUAGAGUGCAGGCCCCCACCUCCUCCCUCUUCUGUGCACCGGCUCCAGAUAAAGUCAUUACCUCCUCCGCGACUGUGCCGUCCUCCACCUAUGUGAAAACCCCGGUCCGAUUAUCCUCAUCGAUUAAGUCCCGCUGGAGGUUCAGCUCCGGAGACGACGAAGAGGAGGAGCACGUCAAGAGAAGAGCCGGAGCAAUUCCUUGCGUCCCUGUUUUGCGCAGUAAAAAUGGCCGGUUGGGCUCCAAGUUCAUUGGCAGGUCUUCAGGUUCGGAGGAUGAUAGUCCUGGUUCUUUAGGGCCCUCGAACAAAGAGUCAGUGCGCAGACGAUCUCUGAGAAAGAAGAAACGGGUCAGUGGAGCAGGUUUGAGCUGCAGCCGAGAUAAUGAUCAUAACAGUGAAUCGGAAGACAGCGAGUGUGAUUCAGCGUUAAACAUGGAGCACUUGGAGAGGCAGCGGAGUUCAGGAGGAGACUUUGGCUUCAAACUGUCUCGAAGUCAUUCUGCACGAGAGCCAUGUAGUUACAGCAGCAAAGCCAGAGUGCUGCAGCAGUGGGAACGUAUGUCGGCCCCCCUCGCGCCCAAGACACUUCCUGGUGUGUCCAGAGUGUCAAAGGUCAACAUCCCCUCGUUUGCUGCCAGUCCUGUGGACUCACGUUGUAGCAGCCAAUACUCAAGCACUGAGACGCUCAAAGGUGAGGAGCAGAGCGGCAGCACUCGCAGUGCGCCGAAGGUGACUGCGAAUGACGGAGCGGGAAGGAACAAUAGCAAAGCUGUGUCCACGUCCAUGCUGAGUAAAACGUACCAUGGGAACUUUACAAUGUAUCGCUCCCCUAGCUUUGGUCAUGGGGAUAACUUCUCUCGAACCCCGGUCAGAGUGGUCCCCAGAAUUGUGCCUGCUAUGACUCCUCCUGUUUCCUGCAGGAAAGCAGGUGACACUGAGACUGAAAAAAACCCCACAGGUGUCCACAAUAAGUGUGAGAAAAGAAUAUCCAUGUCUAACCCGGAUAUCGCAUCAGAAACAAUGACGCUGUUGAACUUCAUAAAGUCCGACUUGUCUGACCUCAAAGUUCGGAAAGCAAGCGAGGGAGAUUCAACAGGUUCUGUGGAGGGUUCGACACACGCUCAGGCCGGGACUCCUCCCGCGUCUGGGCGCCGACCAUCCCUGAAAGACCUCACAGCCACGCUGCGUCGGGCUAAGUCCUUCACGUAUUCAGGGAAACCCGCAACACCGGUGCGUUGUUACUUAAGCAGUGGCACCACCAAGAGAAGCUCCUCCGAGCAGCAACUAGAUUUGGGCGGAGAGUUGAAUGGAGGGAGGGUGUCUGUAUCUGAGCGAGAAGUAGAAAGUGAUGGAGGUGACUUGAGAGUCAGAAGAGGGCAAAGGUUGAGGAAUUACGGGUACGACGAUGAUGAUGACGAGGAGGAAGUGAUGCCCACUCCGUUGCAGGAGAGGUAUGUACAGGAGGCGAGGCAGGUGAUACAAGAUAUCUGCCAGAUGAGUAGUAGAGAUGAAGAUGAAGAUAUUGAGAUGAGAUCUGUGAAUGACUUGAAACAUAUUUCCAUGAUGGCUACUGGCCCUUGUAUCGAAGCAAAUGAAAACAGGAGCGACACCGAGGCUGAUCAAAAGGCUGAGUCAAGGAACACAGAGGACGAGGAUAAACAUGUGAGGGAGAGAGAGACCAGGGAGAGUGAGAGGGAUGGACAAAGUAUACACUUGAAGAAGCUGAACAGUCAGGAAACCAAGAGUGCAAAAACACACCGUGGAGAGACGCUGAAGGACUUGCAGGAAAGUGUGUUCUACGACCGAACCGGGGAUGAACUUUCUGGACACGAAUCGAGUUUAACAGAUGAAGGGAUCGUAACAGAGCCGGAAACUAUUCCCAGUGACCUCUGUGAGAGGUUUAUCUUGGGGUCAUCGUCCGCUAAUAUGGGGUCACAAAUCACCUGGGAUGUGCUGGGACAGCCCGUCACCGCGUGGAAACAGUCUGCUCUGCACAGCAAGGAACUCUGUGAGGAGGAGGGACGGGACAGCAAGAAGAGCGGUUGCAACUCUUCAAAUGAAUUUGACGUCUCGUCCGCACACGCUGCUCGGAUUGCUGAGAACGACAGUGUUGAUGAGUCAACCUCCAUCGGAAUGAUUAAUGCUGAGGAGGAGACUUCCUCGAUGACCUGCGGGGUCCUGGGGUCGACAGCUAUGACAGGGGGAGGGGAGGCCUCUGGGACACCAAGCGCUGCGCGACGGAGGCGAAAGUUUUCCCCUCCUGGCAAUAACAACAUGGGCUCUGAUUUCAGUAACAACAGUGAUGCAGAGUCAACAAUGGGAGCUGUCGGAAAUGGGGAGUCCACAGUGUACCGCUCGCUCAGCGAUCCCAUGCCUCAGCGCUUCUGCUCCGUGCCUCAAGAAGGGAAUUGCCAUUUUUCCUCUGUGGACAGCAACUUGUUAGGGUCACUAAAUGUAAAAGGGGGCGCCACCUCGGAGUCAUCCGCUGAGGCAACGUUACCCGAGUACAAGGGCAGUGUGUCAAGUGACCUGUCGGGAUACAGUGAUGGCGGACAUCGAGACGAUGGCAUCAAUGACUACAGUGGUGUCAUCAGGAGUAUCGUCGCUGAGCCCGGCGCGAUGGACAGACUGAUGGUAGAUGAUCACGCCAACGGCAAAACUCACAAGAAGAAGUCCUUCAGCGACCCUAGUCGGCGUAGCGAUGCGCCUUUGCUUUCGAAGGCUGAGACUCAUUUAAAAGGCGAGUCAGGCAGCAGCGAGCCGGUCAGUGAACUCGAUCAAACAGGUCAGAUCCCACCCUCCAUCAGCGAGCCAAUACUGAAUGAGCAGAGGGAGGACCGGGUGGAGACGGAGAGUCAGCUAAUGCUGCCUACACAUUUGAAUCACUGUCAACAUGGGAACACUAAAAAACAGCGGUCGCAGUCGGAGAGCGACCCGCACUCUGGAAGCCAUGCGGAGACAGAAGCAGUAAGCAGAGGUAAAGAAGAAAAAGAAUCAAGGAGGUUCAACUUUGACUUCAAGCUUGCCGAGGUCUUGUCUCCUAGAAUGGUCCGUCGACCUGGCAGGAAGCGCCCAACUAGACUAGCUCACUUCUUUCCUCACGAGGAUCCAUUCGAACCGCCAGAGUUUGGUUUAGAUGAGCAGGACCAUAACAGUGACCCUAAUGACCUCACACCUCCUCUACCGCCUCCUCCUCACAAGUCCAAAACUAGACCUAAGCAUGUACGCCAUGCCAGCGAGCCCGCUGCUUUCCUACCCAUCUCCCCGCCAGUGCAUCCCUUUUCUACCAAGGAAGGUUAUCCUGGAGUACCUUCCAUCCUAGUUAAACCAUCAGCCGACGAGGCUCCUUCCCUGGAGGAUGUGACCCAAAAAUAUUUCCUCAUGGGCAGCCCUGAACCAGAACCCGAUAGUGAGGGCCCAGGGCCUUCACACGACAGAGAUGGAGCUCCAUCGACACCAUCAGAGGGGCCGACUGAUCAAAACACAACAGCGCCGGCUGAGAAAAAGACAACAGAGGAGACACCGUCGACUCCCACAGCAGAGAGGACCAAACCAAAAGUGGACAUGCGUAAACAUGUGAUGAUGACUCUUCUGGACACCGAACAGUCAUAUGUGGAGUCACUGCGCACUCUGACACAGGGCUACAUGCGUCCCCUCAAACAGCCUGAUGGUGGCUCCAUCGUGGAUCCCCUGCUGGUGGACGAGAUGUUCUACCAGAUCCCAGAGAUCCUGGCGCACCAUGAGCACUUCCUGGAUGAGAUAUCGAGAUGUGUCAACCAGUGGCACGACCGGCAGACCAUCGGACACCUCUUCACUCUAUCAUUCUCCAAAGAGGAUCUUGCGAGCAUGUACUCGGCAUAUAUCGACAACUUCCUCAAUGCCAAAGACGCCGUGAGGAUUGCCAAAGAGGCCAAGCCUGCCUUUCACAAGUUCCUAGAGCAAAACAUGAGAGAGAACAAAGAGAAGCAGGCGCUGGGUGACCUGAUGAUCAAGCCGGUCCAGAGGAUCCCUCGCUAUGAGCUCAUCGUGAAGGAUUUGCUGAAACACACGCCUGAAGACCACCCGGACCACUCUUUCCUCCUGGACGCUCAGAGGGACAUCAAGCGGCUGGCGGAGAAGAUCAACAAGGGACGGCGCUCAGCGGAGGAGGCUGAGAGGGAGGCCAGGGUCAUCCAGGAGAUUGAGGCUCACAUAGAAGGAAUUGAACAUAUACUGAAUCCUCAGAGGAAGUUCCUCCGACAGGAAAUGGUCAUGGAGGCGAAAACGGUUGGCGGGAAGAAGGACCGCUCGCUCUUCCUCUUCAGCGAUCUGAUCAUCUGCACCACUCUCAAGAGGAAGUCCGGCUCAUUAAGACGCAGCUCCAUGAGCCUGUACUCGGCUGCAAGUGUCAUUGACACGUCCAGCAAGUAUAAGUUCCUGUGGAAGCUUCCGCUGGAAGAUGUGGAGGUGGUGAAAAAUUCCACUCAGACGACCAACAGAGAGAACAUCCAGAAGACCAUCAGCCGACUGGACGAGGAUCUCAGCAUCCUGGGGCAGAUCAGUAAACUCUCCGAGUCCCUCAGCUUCCCUCAUCAGUCUCUGGAUGAGUCCCUAAAGGACCUGAUGACGUCGGUGCACCGGGAGCUCUCAGAGAAACAGUCUCUGGCCUUCAGCAUGACUUUCCUUCCCACCAAGCUGGAGUUCACCACAGUGUCUGCUGAGAGCAGUUUCGUCUUCGAGUUCUCCUCGCCUGAUGUUCGCUCCAACUUCGAACAGGCUUUUGAGGAAGCCAAAAAGAAGCUGGCGAUGAACAAGGACCAGUGGGAUCCUGAGUUUCUGAAGGCCAUUCCCAUCAUGAAGACCCGCAGCGGCAUGCAGUUUUCUUGUGCCUCGCCCAGUCACAGCUGUCCAGACAGUGGCUGUGAGGUGUGGGUGUGCAACAGUGACGGAUAUGUGGGUCAGGUGUGUCUGCUGAACAUCAAGGAUGAGCCCACAGUGGAGGCCUGCAUCGCCGUCUGCUCAGCCAGGAUCAUCUGUAUUGCUGCGGUCCCCGGCCUGAAAGCCAGGGAACGUGGAUCAGAACCAGCCCCUGCUCCCGCACCACCCACCCACAACCAGCAGCAGCUGCACAUCUCCAUCUCGCACUCCUCUUCUCUGGAGCUGACUGAGCAACCCAUGGGACCAGGAGCUGAGCUGGUCCCCUUCGAUAGCGACGACACCGACGACGAAGACUCGCCCAGUCCUUCGUCCACUCUUCAGAGUCAGGCCAGCCACUCCACCAUCUCCUCCAGCUAUGGAAAUGAGGACGGCCCGAGUUCUAAGGACCUGAACGCAGAGACCACCAGCAGCGAGGAAGAGCAGGAGUAUCCGGUGACCAGCCCCUACACCAGCCCCGGGAUGUUGAGUGUUAGCACGGCAGGUCGUGGACACGCUGAGGGCGCCGUGGAUGGGCGCGCCAUGCGUCGCUCCUCGCGGGGAUCCUUCACCCGGGCCAGCCUGGAGGACCUGCUCAGCAUCGACCCCGAGGCCUACCAGAGCUCUGUGUGGCUCGGCACGGAAGAUGGAUGCAUACAUGUUUAUCAGUCGUCAGACAACAUUAGAAAUCGGAAGAACAGUAUGAAGAUGCAACAUGCCGCUUCCAUCCUCUGCAUUUUAUACUGGGACAACAAGGUGUUUGUGUCAUUAGCUAAUGGAGAAGUGAUUGUGUACCAGAGAGAAGCAGGGAGUUUCUGGGAUGCUCAGACCUCUCAAACGCUUGUGCUCGGCACACCCAGCAGUCCCGUCACCAAGAUGGUUCCUGUGGGAGGGAAGCUGUGGUGCGGCGUGCAGAAUAGAGUCUUAAUCAUUAACUCAACGUCACUGGUACAAGAGCACUGGUUCCAGGUGGGCACGGACAGCAGUCGCUGUGUGACCUGCAUGGUGGCGUACGGCCAGGGUGUGUGGUUGGCGUUGCAAGGCAGCGCUCAUGUCAAACUGUAUCACGCUCAGACGUGGGAGAGCUUGACAGAGGUGGACGUGGCUCCCGCUGUUCACAAGAUGCUUGCAGGGGCUGAUGCCAUCAUCAGGCAGCACAAAGCCGCCUGUUUGAGAAUCACUGCACUGCUGGCGUGUAAAGAUCUGCUGUGGAUCGGAACCAGUGCAGGCGUCGUCCUCACUCUGGCAAUACCAGCGGUCAGUUCGGGGACUGGAGCAGGGAUGAUCAAAUCCCCACUGCAGCCCAUGGGAUCGGCUCAUGGACACACCGGUCACGUCCGCUUCCUCACCUCAAUUGAGCUCCCUGAAGGCCUUGGGAUGAACUUCCCCGUGGCCACGCCUGAACCCACAGGAAACCAGUCGCAGUCCAGCAACACGGUGGAUGGCCACCUUCAGAGGCGCGACUCGGCCCGCAGCAGAGCCUCGGCUCACCUUCCCCCUAAGACCAAUCACCUGGUCAUAUCCGGUGGUGACGGCUACGAGGAUUUCAGACUGACCAGCAGCAGUGAGACUGUGGGACGAGACGACAGCACCAAUCACCUUCUUCUUUGGAGGGUCUGAGGACACAAAAGACUCUUUGUAGAUGUUGUUCUGCUCUUGUGUUGGCUCCACUCCUCUCUCUGUGCACUCGGGUUGCCAGGACUCUCUGCUGGGCUUUAGAACAAAGUGAUCACUUUUACUUGGUUUUUAUCGUCAUGCUGGUCCACGCUCUUAAGCACUGAAAGUCUCUGCCUCACUGUAUUGAUCCAUAUUCAUUCGAGUUUUGGAAGAAGACUGUGGGCGACUUGACGAAAUUUGCUGAUCAAGUGAAAAUGAAGCAGCCAGUGAAGUGAAGUCAAAGAAAGUGGUCAUGUUUUGAUAUGAAUGAGACAAAAUGCCCGACAUGACAGUGCUUUUCUAUUGAGAGGAAGGAUGUGUGGAUGUUGCUGGAUUCUCUUACGGAUGUUUUUGUUUUGUUUUUUUCACACGAGACUGUGAUAGCAACGUGUUUAGUUCCUGUACAGUAUUUAUAAUUUGGAUUUUAGCGCCUACUUUUACAGCACUUAAUUUAUAGAAGAUGUAGCUUUCACUAUUUUUUUUUGUUUUUUUGCUCCUGUUAUUCAAAGACUGCUCGCAAGUAUGUGGGGAUGCAGAGUAGGUCAGAAGGGCAGAAACGCUAAGCACCUGCACGUGCCUUCAGAAGGUUUAAGGAUAAGCCAUUCUACACACUUACACGCAGUGACAAGGCAACAGAUCGUCUGGGCUGGUUCACUCGUCCUUGCCUCUUGGUUUAGGGUUAAGCUGUGAUUGUUUUGAUCCCACUCAGAUCGGAGGUGGCGUCUCCUCAACCAUAUGGACUGGGCUUGUUUCACCUGUCAAACUCACCUGAGGAGAGAAAUCGGGGAUUAUCUGCAUGCUGUGAUGGAAGGUUCUCCGAGCAGCUUUCUUAACUGCAUCUUGAAUCCCACUGGUGUCUGGAUUUUUAGGUGAAAAUGGGUGUCACACUGGACCCUGGACUUUAGCCACUGUAUGUCUUGGUUGUCUUGAAAGACCGCAACGCUACAUUCACAUCUGUUUAUUCUUAUUUUUUAUUUCUUCAGAAUCUGUGCCAAACGUGUCCACUCCUCACUGCUGUUCAACACGCCAGCUGAUCUUUACUCUCUUUAAAUAUCUGUAAACAAUAAAAAAAUAUUUUUGGUGUUUUUCUGUCUAUAAUCUAUGGUUGUUACAGUGAUAAUCCAGACAUAAAAAAAUAACCAUGGCAGUCAUAUUCUCUCAAUUUACACACCAAUUUCAACGAUUUCAUGUGAAACAGUACACAUUUGUCCAAUGACUGAUGGUCUUUAUGUCUGUAAAUAUUAGUAUAUAUUGCCUUUAUCUGUAAAUAAUGCAGUGAUUGUCUCCAAUUGUUGAUAUGAAUCCGAUGGCAUAUUUUUAUAUAUUUGUGUAAUGAUUUUUUUUCCCUUCUGUCUGGCAUGAGUUGUUUAAGUUAUAGCCGACGUAAGCAAUUGAAGGGCAAAUCUGUGGCGUUGCUGAUUCACACCAGGAUUUGCCUUUAACAGGAGCUGCAGCGUCGCUGUGCUGCCCCCUCGACACUAUUGUUAAAACCUUCAGCGUUUCUUCCUGUUCGUAGCUGUUCUCGUUUUGUCACUGUGCGUUCCUCUUUGUAAU